AUGGCGGUCCCUCUCAGCAGAAGGCGAGACGCCACUACGCUGCGCCAGGUUCCCAAGACUGACCUGCUUUUCAGUAUCCUUUCCGGUGGCAUCGUCCAGCUCUCGGUUGGAGAGGAUGAGACGCCGUUCGACGCUCAUAUUGAGCUACUGUGCGCCCACUCUCCGUUCUUCGAUAACGCCCUGAAAGGUCGAUUUCAAGAAGCCGAGACGAAGAUUAUCGCCCUCCCCGAGGACGACCCGGACUCAUUCAGUGAUCUUCUCUCGUAUGUAUAUACGAAACGCAUCUCGGUCGAUGAGAAAGCGACGACUUGGAUGGAUCUCUGCAAGCUGUGGGUUAUGGCGGACAAGUACCAGAUACCGGCAUUGCAGAAUGCAGUCAUGGCCAAAAUGUCGAAGAAAUGGAAGGAGAAGGUGUAA